ACAGCUCGACAUUAAUGACGUCACGUGGUCACAUUACAAACUGCGCCAUUUCUGAUGUAAAGGUUAUUUUAUGGAAAAGAACGGAGAUAUGAAGAAUUGUGACGAAGUCGGACAUCAAGUCCAUUCUCAUAUAGAUAAUUGAGUAUUUUGAAUUGAGAUUUAACGGACUACAGUUACUAAAAGCGCGUGCAUAUGGCCCAUCCAUGUGUAUCUGACCCACCCAUUGUACAGAUGGGUAACAAAGACAAAGACAGUGAGGACACUGAAACUGAAGAAAUGCCGCAAACAAUGGAUGAUGUUGAUCUCGAGGAAGGUGAGAUUGUCGAUUCUUGUUGUGAAACGUACGGAGAUAGUGAUAAAGAAUCUAAAAAGGUAGCUGGAGCUACAGAAAAUAAUGCAAUUCAUACAUCAGAAGGAGGUGAGGAGUUAGAUAUGGCAGGGAGGAAGAAAAAACGGAAGAAGAAAAAGAAAAGAAAAGACGAUGGUUUAAAUGAUCAGGGGAAACCCAAAAAAAAAAAGAGAUACAUUGAUCAUGAUCGUGUCGACGACGAAGAUACUUGGUUUGCAAUUAAUCCAAUGCCUUAUCCUAAAAAGAAUUUUAAUAGAAUAUCUGAAGACGGUAGAAGUCCAUCUCCCAGUUCUUACGAUAAUUUACUUCUUAAUGCAGAAAAGAAAAGUUCUCCAUCUCAAGAUGAUGAAGAACAUAAACCUAAAGAAGAAAAAGAACGAAGAAAUAAAAAGGUGGCAAGGAAGAAUGCAAACAGGCGGCAGAACUCCGAAAGAGGUACAAAAAAGAAGAGAAAAGAUGGGAGUCGAAACGGAGAAUCCAAGAAACGUUCCUUGCUAAACAAAAAAAGAAAAGUUGCAAAGGCAAAAAGUCGUCCAUUGUGUAAAUUUUUCAUGGAAGGGAGAUGUUCGAAGGGACCGGACUGUCCAUUUUCUCAUUCAUCAUUACCAUCUGUAAAGAAAGAAAUCUGCAAAUUUUAUCUUAAUGGUUAUUGUGCCAAGGGACCAAAAUGCUUAUAUAUGCAUGAUAUCCUUUUAAAAAUAAUAUUCUAUUUAGAGAGUAGUAAAGCAGAAGAAAAUAAAAAAGACGGUAGUGGUCCGGAAGACAUUGGCUCUCCUCCCAAACAGCAAAAAAGGCCCAGUCUACUCGGUUCUCCUCCCCGUCAUGUUAAAGAGGCGGCGGAAACAUGGCGUUGGCAGCAGCAUGUACUUCAGAUGCAGCAGAAGAGAUAUCCUGUACCUUGUAAUGCUCCCAUUCUAAGUCCUCCUCAUUCGUUUUCACGACCAAACUUCUAUAUGGAUACUCUUCCAAGAUCACCCAAUAAAAUUCCAUCCUUGAUGUCAUUACCUCCGAUAGCCAUGCCUAUUGGUUUAAAUGCUCAUUUGCCGCCUCAUCUGGAUCCACCAGGUAUGUUCUCAUCAAUACAUGAAGGAGAAAGUAGUAGCCAAGAAGAAUGGGAAAGCAAUAAACUAAGUAAUAAAGAAAUGGAACCUCUAAAUGAUGAGAAGCCAAUACAAGCAGCUAAAGAAAGUUUGGCACUUAAUUCAAGCAUUAAAAAUUUUGAAAACCAGAAAGAUCUGAAAGAUCAAAAUAGUGUAAAAAAUACCAACGAUAAUUCCAAUGAAGAAAGUUCCAUGAAACUUGGAAACAGUGAGUCUAGUGAUGCUGGCAAUUCCAAUCAGGAUAACCAAUUGUUCAUGCAGCAGUCUGCAAAUUCUCCACCAUCUGAAACAAAUCUUCCUCCCCCUACUGUUGUAAUUCCUACUCAUCUUCCUAGAAGACAACGAGAACUGUACUUAAGGAUUCAGCAGCAUCAAAAGGAAGCUGCAAGUGGAGAUAGUGGUACGGAUGGUGGCGAUGUUUCUGAAGAUCCAGAAGGAAAAGCCGAAGAUGACGAGAAAAAAGAAAAUUGGUAUAGUAGUGAUGAGGACGAUACAGAAGAUCAGCCUCUGACAGCAGUAUUGAAAAAAUUACGAGAGAUGCCUCCUCCAAACAGAUCACAUCAGAACUUGGGACAGUCAUUUUCUUCAAACUCUACUAUUGAUAUUACUAAGAUGUUGAGUGAAAUAAGACAACAAGCAUCUCAAAAUAUAGAAAUCAAUGGAAAUAAUAUCUCCAAUCAACAAAAUGACUUUUGGCAGAAUUUGUUAGGUACAAUACCACCUGAAAAUGCUCCCAACUGUAAUAAACCAGGAAGCAGAGAUCCACGAAUUCGACCAAAUCCAGGCAAACCACCGAUGAUGAAUAUGCCCGAUAUUACGAAUAAAUCUCCACCGUUCAGAGAUCCGAGACUGCAGAAUCGAGAUCCUAGACUAGCUUCAAGAGAUCCUCGUGUAACUCCUCCGGUUAUGAACAGCAAUCCCAUUACGCCUCGUAACUUACCGGAGAAGCCACCUCCACCACCGUGGGAAAUGCGUCCAGUGGUCAACAAACCAAAUGACGUGAUAAUUGAAAAUACGAAAAGUGUAGUUAACAACUUACAAUAUAAGUUACAUUCAAUAACCCCAUCACAACCAAAUUAUAGUUCGUAUGUGUUUCAGUGUCAGUCAGAUCCAAAAUUAUUGAAUGAUCCACGUUUAAAAAAGUACUUCAAACAAAUGUCUGGUUUACUUCGUCAGCAGCAACACAUAACUGACAAUGUUGGCCCAGUUGGUUCCGAACAAAGCAAAAAGAACAUUUCAGAUGGGCCAGUAAAGCCAGUCAUGAGUGCAAAUGACAUUGGAAAUCCUGCUAAUAUGGAGCACUGGGAAUCUUCGAAACCGAGAAUUACGGAUCCAAGAAUUUUAAAAUCAUCAAAUCUUUCUAUCAGACCAAGGCAACCUGAAAAUAUGCCAUCUUCACAAAAUAUGCCACCAGAAUCUGUUUGGACAUCUGCAUCUAUCAAUCAUACACCUUCUACUACUACAGUAACAUCUCAUCUUCCCAAAUCUGUUAGUGAUCCACGUCUAACAAGAUUAUUGCAUCCACCUGUGGAUCAGAGAUGGCAUCGUUCUUCUGAUCAAAAUCAAUCCGACUCAAAUAACAACAGUGCAACAUCACAGAAAAAAUCUGGUGUUACAUCUACUUCACCUGCAGCUGUACCUUUGAAAUCGAAACAGGAUUCAACAGCUAAAGAUACAUCGUCACCUUCAACAAAUAAUAGUUCCAAAGAACAGUCUGCAUCUGAAGAUGAUGCAGAAAAGAAAGAGAGUACUGAGAAAAAGAAAACUAUUACUAUUAACAGGAAGAGUAACAUGAAUUAUGCUUCACCAUUAAGUUCUUAUGAGGACAAUUCAAGUAAUAAUGCAAGCUACAAUAGCUACAAUCGCAGACCUCAGGCAUCUCAAAAUCAGACCACUAAGGUGCAACCCAACAUUCCACAACCUGUAACGAAUACUUCGACUGCAAGUGAGCUCAUUUCUCAAGAGUCUUCUGGUCACAGUCAAUCUUCACUUUCCUUUCUUGUUAAUGAGCCUGUUAAUGAACCGGUCUUGGCUCCUGAACACACACCUUCGCUAAAGGAAGUAUUUAAAACUAAAGAUCCAACCGCUUCGCCAUUUUGCUAGAAUCAAACUUGGCACAAGAGGUUCUUGACUUUAUUCCAAACUGUGGGUGGUUACGUUUUGUGGUUGUAUAUACUGUGUCAAAAGUGCGGUGUUUAUCCAAAAAAACUGGAAUAUCAUGCAAAAGACAUGAGGUUUUUCCUAGCGAGACUUUGAUAUUACCGACUACUAAGCGACAUUCAUUGUGUCAUCCCUCGUCCAUCAUCGCCACUUCAUUUGCGUUCUCAUCAUUCGCAAUCACACUGUGAAUUCCAUUAAUUAUCAAUGUAAUAAUACUGCUGGUCAACACAGUUUUAAGACAAUUGUGGAAAGUGUUAAGGCUGCUUUUAAGAAGUUUGUUCAGUUGUUUGUUUUAAUUGUGAUCUUUGAAUGCCCUACUUAUUUGUGGAAUUUUGUCCCAAGUGGCCUUAAUCUUACUUCCAUUUGUUAAAUCCUUUCUAAAUUACUUACCAUAAAAUUUUAUUUUGGUUCUUAUUGUGAAAAACUGCUCCUCUAGCAGAGAGCCAAAAGCAUCCUGGCCGGAUCUCCCGAGGCAGCAUUGACUUCUCCAAGAGACAACGAUCCACACACAACACAUUUUACCCAUUAUUAUACAUAGGAUUUUUUAUGUACAGUUUAGGAUAUUGAAACUAUUUCAAUAUACUGUAAAUUAAUUUUAUUUGUUUACUUUAUCGAAUUACAAAGAUGUGAUUUAAGAAAAUAGAAGAAAAAUUGAACCCCGAAAAUUCGGUCGUCGAUCAAUUUUUAAGUCGAAUUAUACGGUCAACGUGUAAAACAUGUAAAUUUUUUGUAUGUGUUGUAACAUGUGAAUUUAGUACCCUGUCCAUAAAAUAAAACUCCUCAUGAAAUCGGUUUUAAAUUUAGAAUUUAA